AUGUCGCAGCAAGCUUCGCUCCAGUCCUUUUUUACCCAGUCUUCACAGCAAGGGACAGCCCCCUCGCAGAUCAGGAACACCCAGGUUCCCGACCCAACCCCAUCCGGAGCUCAGGAACAGGAAUUCUCCUCGACCUUUGCAACAGAAUCCGACUACAACGACCCAUACCAACCGAGAAUCGACUACCUAUACCCGAGCAUUGUCCCCCAGGAUACUCACACCCAGACGGACCUGAACUACAUUACCUGGGCCAUUAGACAUGCCACCAGCCAAAUCUGCCCACCCACCGACAGGAUUGAAAUCCUCGAAGAGCAAACGACCACACUCCGGAGAACAGUGGAUACACUGAGGCACCAAAUCGAGGCGCAGACAACUAUGAUCACCAGUAUGCACUCGGCGAUCCAUCUUCUCCUCAAUAAACAACCACAACCGCAGCAACCGCAACAACCACAACAAAACCAACAGCAACAACAGCAAUAA